CAAACACCGAUGACAAUGGCCGACGAUGGCAUGUUCCUGAACUUCUCCGUCGACGAGAGCCUUGCCUCUGCCGGUGCCAGCAACACCCAGAAGUUCAAAGGCGGGUCGUGGAGGGACCGUCUGAGGGCGAAGAGGUCGACUCAGAGAGGGCAAAGAGGCGGGGACCAGAAGAGAAGACAUGAUGCAAACACAGUCCCUAUAUCGCAGGGCCGCUUUGAGGGCCGAACGAAGCCCCACACACACGGAGAUCAGUCUGAUGAAUUUCCAGACGCUCGGCCGGUCAAGAGGAGGCGUGAAAAUGGCCAUGUGACAGAUUCGGCACAAGUUCAACAGCCCGCGCAGAGACGAGGUAAUGAGCAGAGACCUACAGCUGGCCCUCGCGAAGUCAUCUCUUCACUCUUCACCUACAACCCCAAGCCAUCGACCGCUGUGGAAGAACCCAAGGAGGACAAGGGAGAAGAGAAGCCAACGGCGCCGUCUAACGCCCCUCUGAUCGAUGGCAUCGACACCUUUACAUCCCUCGGCCUUUCCCCUACCAUAGCUACGCACCUCUUGACCAAGAUGAACCUCAAAAACCCCACAGCGAUCCAGAAGGCGGCGGUCUCGCAAAUGUUGAAGGACGACAGCGACGCAUUCAUACAGUCGGAGACCGGCUCCGGCAAGACUCUCGCAUAUCUACUCCCUCUUGUGCAGCGAAUCAUGACCAUGUCGGAACAAGUCGCAGAGAAACAUCAAAAUUACACACAAGAUCCGUUGAUGUUACAUCGCGACUCUGGUCUAUUCGCCAUAAUCCUCGCCCCGACCCGCGAGCUUUGCAAGCAGAUCUCUGUCGUUCUCGAACGCUUGCUUGGUUGCGCGCACUAUAUCGUGGCCGGCCACGUAAUAGGCGGUGAAAAGAAGAAGUCGGAGAAAGCCCGCAUGCGAAAGGGUCUUAAUGUUUUGGUGGCGACGCCUGGUCGAUUGGUUGAUCAUCUGGAGAAUACAAAGGCGCUGGACGUGAGUAACGUUCGCUGGCUUGUUCUCGAUGAAGGGGAUCGAUUGAUGGAUCUGGGAUUUGAAGAGGACAUAACGAAGAUCGUGAAGACUUUGGAUCAGAAGAAGAGGCCGAGGGGGAGCAGUAAAUGGCCGGGUCUGCCUGAAAAGCGAACUACAGUGCUGUGUUCGGCGACGUUGAAGAUGAACGUACAGAAGCUGGGAGAAAUUAGUCUGAAAGAUGCCGUUCUGAUCAAAGGUGACCCCGGAGACGACGAUGCGCUAGGACAGCGAAAGGAGGCUGGCGACGCUUUGGCGAGUGACAACGGCACGAGGGAUUCCACCUUUCUCGCUCCAGCCCAGCUGAAGCAGUCCUAUAUCGUUGCAGCAGCAAAAUUGAGGUUCGUCACACUCACAGCGCUCCUGAAGCGGACUUUCGCACGAAAGGGGUCAGUCAUGAAGGCCAUUGUCUUCGUCUCCUGCGCGGAUUCCGUCGAAUUCCAUUUCAAAGCAUUCACGACGGCAUUUGAAGGCGAAGAUUCUUCAGAGAACAAGGAGCCAGGACGUGACAAUGCUGAGACGGACUCUGAAACCGAAGACCUUGGAGCUGGCAAACCCUCGCCAACAUCAUCCCGCGACCCAUCCGUUACCGACUCAAUCUUACCCUCUCCAAUCCUCUCGUCCUCCCACAACCAGGUCACACUGUACAAACUACAUGGAUCUCUGCCUCAAAUCACCCGCACUAACAUUGUCAAAGCCUUUGCCGCCACGACUGCACCAUCUCUGCUGGUCGCCACGGACGUGGCCUCCCGUGGCCUUGACCUGCCCAACCUCGAUCUUGUGAUUGAAUAUGAUCCGGCAUUCAGCGCCGAAGACCAUCUGCAUCGGAUCGGACGUACCGCUCGUCUGGGACGGGAUGGCAGGGCAAUCAUUUUCCUCCUCCCAGGUAAGGAAGAAGGCUACGUCUCAGUGCUGAAAAGCUCAUACAAGACGGGACCCGAUACCGUGGCGAACGUCUCCUCCAUGUCCGCCGACGAAGUGCUCAAAAGGGGAUUUGCACCGCUCAGCGGCGUCAUUCCGACCAAGAAUAAGAACCACAAGAACGAGAAGGGUGCAGAUUGGCAAUCUCGCGCGACGGACCGUCAACUCUCGCUCGAGCGCUUCAUCUUGUCCUCCCCCCAAAACAAAGACCUGGCGAAAAGGGCCUUCCAAAGCCACGUUAGGGCUUACGCGACGCACAUCGCCAGCGAGAGAAAGUGGUUCGAUAUCAAGGAGCUGCACCUAGGUCACCUUUGUAAGAGCUUCGGCUUGAGAGAGACGCCUAGCGGGAUGGGGGUCGGCAGAAACAACAAGAAGGCCGGGUCGAAGAGGGGGCGGAGCGCGAGUGACGGAGGCGGUAUGCGUCAUGGUGACGGCGACGGGGAGAGGAACGGCGAAAGGCCAAGGACACGAGAUGCCGAUGCUGCUAUAGACAACACCGGUGAUGCUGAUGAGGCGGCACGGAAAAUGAGGGAGAAGAUUCGAAUGAACAGGAAGAUGAUGAUGGGAGGGACUGCGGAUGAGUUUAAUAUCGCUUGAAUGUGUCAAAAAGUUGUUGAUUUGGUCAAAUAUCUCGUUCCCGUUUCCGCUCCAUAUGCCCCGGGUUCUGUUAUGCCCGAUUUCUUUCCUCAACUGCCCCUUCUCGUUCA